CUCUUUGCAAACGGAAUCCCCUAAGUUAUAUUUAGACAGGACAACACACCAGCAUGCUUCAACAGGAAAAUGAAGCCGGGUCAUUCAUAUAUCAGCACCCAAAAUACAAAGAAAUUGAAAAAUAUGAGCUUCGGAAUAAGGAACAGCUGAAAGCUGCUAGCCUGGUUUACCUGGACCUGUGUGAAGCAAAACAAUGGUGGAAUCUUGAUCUUCAUCCUUGCUGUGAGCUUGACCUUGUUUUUAUAUCUGGACAUGCCACUAGACAUACCCCUCGGGAACUGGUGCUGCCCCUUCCUCGGGGGUGCACCGUUACCCCUAGUGAUCUCCAGACCUACCUCCACACACUAAAUCUGGAGAGCUACCACACAUCAGGUAUAACAAUGGCUAUUAUGGACACAGAUUCCACAACUGUUUACUACAAAAUAUCAGAUGGCCUUGUGCCUCCAGCCUCUCCUGAAACUACAGAGAAAAAGAAACUGUAUCAUACAGAACGCAUCAACAAAAGGAGAAUAGAUGUGAUCGCUAGUGUAAAUAAAUACAUUGAAAAGAAACGCAGGUCUGACAGCUCAAAUGAAACGGAAGGAAGUAAGACGGAACACAUCAUAGAGACACACGGAACUUUGUGAGGUAGUACACAGCUGUAAAACACCGAUUAGGUAGCUGGAACACACUAAAAUACACAGCUAGACCACGCUGAAUAACACAGCUGGAAUAUGCUGAAAUGUACAGCUGGAACAAGCUGAUUAGGUAGCAGGAACAUGCUAAAAUACACAGCAGGAACAUGUUGAAGAAAACUGCUGGAGCAUGCUGAUUACAUAGCUGGAACAUGCUGAAAUACACAGCUGCAACAUGCUGAAAUACACAGCUGCAACAUGCUAAAAUACACAGCUGCAACAUGCUGAAAUACACAGCUGCAACAUGCUGAAAUACACAGCUGCAACAUGCUGAAAUACACAGCUGCAACAUGCUGAAAUACACAGCUGCAACAUGCUGAAAUACACAGCUGCAACAUGCUGAAAUACACAGCUGCAACAUGCUGAAAUACACAGCUGCAACAUGCUGAAAUACACAGCUGCAACAUGCUGAAAUACACAGCUGCAACAUGCUGAAAUACACAGCUGCAACAUGCUGAAAUACACAGCUGCAACAUGCUGAAAUACACAGCUGCAACAUGCUGAAAUACACAGCUGCAACAUGCUGAAAUACACAGCUGCAACAUGCUGAAAUACACAGCUGCAACAUGCUGAAAUACACAGCUGCAACAUGCUGAAAUACACAGCUGCAACAUGCUGAAAUACACAGCUGCAACACACUACAAAGCCGGAUCACACUGAUUGUGGGUUACACAGCUAAAACACUGGACAUUUUUUUUGUAAUAUCAAAGAUGUCAGCAUUUCCUCUGCAAAGUUGUGAAUGUUUUAUGAAAUGAUUUGCCUGUUUUUCUGUAGUCUAUAGCUUCUGUAUAUUGUUGUAUAAACUAUUUACAAAUGGUAUUUCAAAGAUUAAAUUCUACUAUUUUUUCCCUGUAAAAAAUAACAAUUGGAUAGGUACAGUCUUAGCAUCAUUUUAUGUACGGAAUGAUUUGAACCGAGUGUAUCUUAGUACAGCAUUUGUUCUAAACACUUUAGACUUACUAUGGAACAGGGCAUUUAAACAGAAUACUAGAUUAUUUGAUUGUUUCUAAAAAAUGAAUUAUGUUCUUUGUUAUAUUUUGAAGAUAUUUCUUGUUCUGUUUGUAAUGCUAUGGAUUUUAAUUGUAGAAGUAUAUUCCCUGUUUUGAUAAUUCUGUACACUUACAUUAUCUCGAUAUAAGGUACUUCAACACUGUCGCUACAUCAUUUGGAUGUAUAGAACUAUCAGUAUUCAGUGUUUAAACACUACGACCAUACGGUAUACCAGUGACGUAUUCCCUCAUCCCACGACACAGAAGUUGGUUCUGCACUAAGAGUUUUCAUGCUUAUCUACUGAUAGUUGUUUCUUCUUGUAAUAAAAAAUAUGAUGUA